AUGAUGAGGGCAGAGUCCUCGAGAGGUUACUGCUCCCUAGACCGACCGAUGAUCCACGAGAUCCCCUUGUCAGUGGCAUCCCUGGAAAUCCCAUGCACGAUCUCUACUAACACGCGAAAUGUGCAGACAUGGCAUCUGUGGCGAAAGUACCUUGCAUUGUUUGCGAGCUGCUUCUUCGUCUUCCUCUCCAAUUAUGUCACACUUGGAAUUAGUCCCAUCCUGUUGAAUGUCGUCCAGGAGUACAACAUCGACUUCACCAAAGCUGGCUAUUUGAUCAGUUUCCAGAUCCUCUCUUUGGGUCUGGGAAACCUAUUCUGGAUUCCUGUUGCGGCAAAAUACGGCAAAAGGCCCGUCCUCAUCCUCGCGUCUUGCCUCUUUUUCGUCUGCAGCGUCUGGUCGGCUGUGGCAAAAACUUAUGGCUCGCAAUUCGGGGCACGGUUCAUCCAGGGAUUUGCUGCCAGCUGUAGCGAAGCUCUAGGGCCUGCUGUCGUGGCAGAUCUGUUCUUCGUCCACGAGAGAGGGUUGUGGAUGGGUGCCUACAUCUUAAUGUUUACGGUUGGCUCGUCCUGUGGUGGCAUUUUUGCUGGCUUGAUUGCAAAUGCAAGUCCGAACUGGCGAAUGGUCCUUUGGGCAAACUCCAUAUUGGCUGGCGUCCUGUUUUUGACCAUGUGCCUGUUUGCAUCGGAAACCAACUUUGAGCGGCCGCCAGAGAACGAGAUGGGAGAAGGCCUGGAGCCCUCUGAGUUACCCGCCAUCCGCGCCCGAGCCAACAGCAGCUGGCUGAAAUCACUGUCUCUCACAGGGUGGUAUGAUAGUAGUCAGUCACUUUGGUGGCUUUGGUGGCGGCCUCUACUCACUUUGCAGUACCCGGCCAACAUCUGGGCGACUCUCGUCUACGGCGUGACCCUGGCCUGGAUAGUACUACAAAGUACAGCCAAUGGAGUCAUUUUUCCCAUACAAUACAAUUUCUCCCCCUUGGCUGUGGGCAACAUCGCUUGCGCAUACCUAGUUGCGUCUCUCAUCGGUUCAGCAGCCGGUGGCCCGGUCAGCGACUGGACCAUCAAAUUCUUUACGAAACGCCGAGGAGGUUAUUUCGAACCAGAGUUCCGCCUGUGGUGUCUUAUUCCUGCUUACCUAUUUGGGCCCCUUGGUCUUCUCCUCUACGGAUUCGGUAUCGAGAAUAACCUCCCGCCAAUGGUCCCAAUCGUGGGCACUGCCAUCACAUGGGGUGUUCUAUGUGCUGUAUCCACCAUCGCCGUGACCUAUGUGGUUGACUGUUACAGACCUCUGGCUGGUGAGACGAUGACUGCUUUGACAGCUGCAAAGAACACUUUCGCCUUUGCCCUCUCGUUCGCGGUGUUUCCGUGGUUUUUAAGAGACGGAUAUGCCAAGGUGAGUCUGGCCCUCACACGGUCGCACUGUCCAAAUUGA